AUGUCGUCGUCACCUUCAACGAAUGCAGACACCGCAGAAAUCUUCGACGUGAUCAUCGUCGGAGCCGGACCGUGCGGCCUCGCUAUAGCCGCAAGGCUGCGCGAACGACGCCCAUCCGCCCUCUUCACCGACGAAGAACACGCGCGAUACUCGUGGAUGUCGCGCCACGCCAACAAAGCGGCAAUCAAAAUCAAACGAACGGGACAAGUGAAGACCGGAUCAGACUGCCAGCCGUGCCAGUAUGGGCCGUCGAUUCUCGUCUUAGACGAGCACGGCAACGACUUCCUUGCCAAGUGGAAGUCGUUCUUCCGCAAGUUGGAGAUUAAGAAUCUGAGGAGCCCGAUGUUCUUUCAUCCUGAUCCGUCGGAUCGGGAUGCGUUGCUUGCUUUUUGUCAUGAGGCCGGACGGUCGCAUGAGAUGGAGGAGAUUGUUGGAUGUGUGGGGAAGGAAGUCAGUAAGCAUAAGAAGAAAAGGCGGAUGAAUCAACGCGGCGGCUCGACGAAGUCAGCCGUUGAGGUUGACGAGAGAGAUCGCAAGGACUACUUCACGCCAUCCUCUUCAUGCUUCGAGGACUUCUGCGAGGCCUGCAUCAGUAAAUACAGGCUUGGAGAUGGCCUCAUCCAACAAGGGACGGUGCGAGAAAUCGAAUACACAAUGGCCCCGGGUGAUGAGCGCCCGCUCUUCCACAUCCGCACAAAUACCGCCCAGUAUCUGGCCCGGACUGUGGUUCUGGCCUUGGGGCCGGGCGAGCCCAUCAUUCCAAGCCCCUUCGUACCAGGACAGCUUCCCGCAUCGGCCACGCAUGUCACGGAUGCCACGCUUCCGAAGCUGUUGAGCAAAGACUUGCUUUCCAAGAUCCGAUGUGGCAAGCCGACAAACGUGCUCAUCAUUGGUGGAGGCUUGACGAGCGCCCAGGCUGCGGAUCUUUGCAUACGAAGAGGUGUUGGCAAAGUGUACUUGCUGAUGCGUGGGCAUUUGAAAGUGAAGCCUUUCGACGUGGAUCUUUGCUGGAUGAGUAAGUUUCGAAAUCAACAGCAAUCCGUCUUCUAUACUUCCGAUGACUUUGCCGAAAGAUUCGAAAUGAUCAAGGAAGCUCGCGGCGGUGGUAGCAUGACGAGCAGAGCCUCCAAGCUGCUGAAACAGUAUGUUCAAGACAGCAAGGUGAUUAUGCACACCCAUACGACCGUGAAGACGCAGUGCUUUGAAGAAUCGUCACAGUGCUGGACGAUAGCGACCGAGCCGCCAGUCGCAGACUUACCUCAAUUCGACCACAUCUUCUUCGCCACUGGAACAAAGACAGAUGUCGAAAGCAUGCCAAUGUUGCAGCCUUUGCUUGCGAAUCACCCAAUCAAAUCAAUUGCUGGACUGCCAACUCUUAACGAAGACUUGGCCUGGGCGGAAGAUGUGCCUCUGUUCUUCACCGGUAAAUUAGCCAUGCUCCAACUCGGACCUGGCGCUGGUAACUUGGAGGGCGCAAGGAUUGCUGCGGAGCGAGUCUCUUGGGCCAUUGAAGACGUCUUGAAAAACAGUACCGACGUCAAGGUAGAUGGUGAAGGCCAGAGGCUCUGGGACUCCGACGAAGGGUACGUGAGCGGCAUUGGUAGCAAGUUCGCAGGGUUGAGUGUCGACAGCGAGUGA